AUGAAGGUUCUACUCCACCAUUCGUCCCUUAACAGUUUUGCGGAACCAGCAAACCCUAGUUUUGCCAACAGUAUCGUCCUGCCUCAUGCGUGCACGGGGCUGUGUGCGUGCGUGCGGUUGUGCAUGGCAGGAGCGUACAAGUACGUGUCGGAGUUAUGGAAGAAGAAGCAGUCAGACGUCAUGCGCUUUCUGCUGCGCGUGCGCUGCUGGGAGUACCGCCAGCUGCCCUCCAUCAUCCGCGUCUCGCGCCCCACUCGCCCUGACAAGGCUCGCCGCCUCGGAUACAAGGCCAAGCAGGGCUACGUGGUGUACCGCGUGCGCGUGCGCCGUGGCGGCCGCAAGAAGCCCGUCGCCAAGGGUAUCGUGUACGGCAAGCCGAAGAGCCAGGGAGUGACGCAGCUCAAGUUCCAACGCAACAAGCGCGCCGUCGCGGAGGAGCGCGCUGGCCGCCGCCUGGGGGGACUGCGCGUGCUCAACUCCUACUGGGUCAACCAGGACUCGGCGUUCAAGUACUACGAGGUGAUCCUGGUGGACCCGCACCACCAGGCCAUCCGCAACGACGCGCACAUCAACUGGCUGUGCCGCCCCGUCAUGAAGCACCGCGAGCUGCGCGGCCUCACGUCCGCCGGGCGCCACCACCGCGGGCUGCUGCGCAAGGGGCACAAGAGCACCAAGAACCGCCCCUCCGUGCGCGCCUUCUGGAAGCGCAACACCAUGCUCUCGCUGCGCCGCUACCGGUAG